UAGAAAAAGUAAUUAUUAUUAAGAGAAAAUUUGUUAAAUUUAUAUGCAUUUAUAUUUUAAAGCAUUUUAUGCUAUAUGUUUUCGUGUACAAAUAAUUUGUUUGAUAAUAAUAAAAUUGAAAAUCGUUAAACUUAAAUUAAUGUUUUCUUUAGAAUAUAAUAAUUUGAAUUUCCAAAAUUCUUAUUGGUGAUGUUCAAUAUCUAAACUAAGCGGAUAUAGUAGUUUAGAAAUUAUAAUUUUUUUAUGCUUUUGAUUUUUCUGGAAAUAUAAAAAAUGAAAACUCGGAAAUUUAAGAUUUAUAUUUGAAGAAACAACAUUUUUCAUUUGAACAAUGGUUGAAAAUGAUGGUAUGGAAAGUUUUAGUCAAACUUUUAGUCAAUGUAGUCUGGGUGAAAUUCUGCAAGUAGAUUCACAAACUCUUGACCCAAGUAUAUUUGAUCAAGAUACACCUGAAAUAGAAUUAUUAUGCGAAACAAAUGAGGUGGUAAAUUCUUCACAAAAAGAUAUUUUAAUUGGUUUUGAUAAAGGACAAGCUGUUACUCAAUCGAGCGCAGAUUCUGAAGAAGAAAAUACAUCUGUUACAGAUUUUCUUAGUGAUAUUGAUAACAAUACUAUAAAAAAUUCAAGUGUCUCCGAGGAUUUAACUAUCGAAAAUAAUUCAUCGGAAAUAGAAAAUUAUAAUUUGUCUCAUCAAAAUCCUGAUUCUAAAUCUUCUAGUGAAGAUUUGUUUUCAACAACAGAAAUAUGUUAUGUUAAUUCACCAAUAUUUGUUGGAGCAGAAGAAUAUGUGAGCACUACUCACUAUGAAGAAUCUCGCAGUUCAAUUAUUGAAGAAUAUCAAUGUAUGGAAAAUGAAGCUCGAAAUGAAAAUUCACAAAGUACAAAUAGUAAUAAGAAAAUUAAAUUGAUAAUAAAAAAAUCAAGUAUAGUUAAUAAAAAAGUAAAAUUAAAUGAUUAUAUAGAAUUGAAAAAAAAAUUACCAAAUAGAGGGCGGCCCCUAAAAAUUAAUCAUGAUAUACCAAAUUUAAAUAGAAUAAGAGAUCCCGGUAAAUUAAAAUAUGUUGAAAGAAGAUUUAAAAAUAAUAUAGCAAGUCAAAAUUCUAGAAUUAAAAGAAAUAUAAAAGGUAAACAAAUAAAAAUUGAAAAUGAAAAAUUAGAGGAAAGAAAUGAAGAAUUAUUAAAAGAACGAGAAGAAUUGCACAAAAUCCAAAUAAAAUUAUUGGAUGAAUUAAAAAAAAGAAAUAUUGAAGUACCUCAUACUUCAUUAAAAAAAUUUUAAAACUGUAAUUUUAACGCAAUUCUAACAGUUUCAAAUGUUAAUUAAGAAUCGUAAAAUCUAAUAUGCUUUUGUUAUUUUUAGCACUACUAAUUAAUUAGUUUUAAAAAUAUUAAUAUUUUAUUUUCAGUAAAAAGAAUUUGUUUUAGAUUUCUUUUUAAUUUGUAUUAUGUGAAUUUAUUUUAUAAUUUUUUAAGAUAAUAAAUAAUUUUGUGUAUAUUAUG